UCGUCGUACACGCUGUUCUCAAAACCUCCAGCGGCAAUAAUACAUCCGUGCAUUACCCCCAUCGGUCUGUAUGGGUCUCUAUAUGCUGAGCUGACUGGGAGGAGGUGGGAUCUAGCUACUGGUGGAAGUGGGCUUAACGUAUACGUUACGUGCGAGUCGUGCUGAUUGCAAACCACGAAUAUCAUUGCUGCCAACGACGGAUUCUUUCGGGAGAAAUCACUACGAGAAAGCCCCUCGCGGGAUAACCUCCCCUCCCUGCCAGCAACAUACAUCCAUCCACCACUUUCCUUUAUUUAUCGUCAUUUUUCUUUUGCCUCUGCUUCCCACUCAGACCCAGCAAGGUUCUCGUUAACCACAGCCGCCACCGUCGUCCACAUCACAGGCGGGGGCUGUGUGAUGAGGUCGCCCUGCAGCAGGGGUUUGGUUACGCUAAGAUUUUGUUGUUAGGACACUCUUCGCUUUCAGUUCGGGUCAACUUGUCGGCUUUUAAAGCCUCCUAGCACCCCGAGUGUGUGAAGAAAUACACAACAGACGCAACUACUGGGGCUGUGGGAACGGCUGAAUAUCCAUGAGCUCAGAUUUCCCGCACUACAGUUUCAGGAUGCCAAAUAUAGGGUUCCAGAAUCUUCCCCUUAAUAUCUACAUUGUGGUGUUUGGGACAGCCAUCUUUGUCUUCAUCCUCAGCCUCCUCUUCUGCUGCUACUUAAUAAGGUUACGGCACCAGGCGCACAAAGAGCUAUAUGCAUACAAACAAGUCAUUCAGAAGGAAAAAGUCAAAGAGCUAAAUUUGCAUGAGAUUUGUGCGGUGUGCUUGGAGGAGUUCAAACAGAAAGAUGAGCUGGGGAUUUGUCCGUGCAAACAUGCUUUUCAUAGGAAGUGCCUCAUUAAGUGGUUGGAGGUGAGGAAAGUCUGCCCGCUCUGCAACAUGCCCGUCUUGCAGCUCGCCCAGCAGGCCGGCAGCAUGGACCCCCCCGUGCCAACACAGCAGCCUCUACCCGGCAUCGAGAACCUGGUGUAGAAGAGUCAACCCCUCUCUUUUAGUACACUACAAACACACAUCCCGUCACUCAUACUCUCACCUGUACAGCUACACCUUUGGUAUGAGUCUGUGGAUAAACUGGAGUUCACGCGCAGAUACUCAGAAAAAACUGUGACUCUGCCGCCAUCGUCACCUCUCGUAUUCUUGCAUUGGUUCACAAAAAGGUUUCCUGAUAUCAGUUCUAACUGAUAAUCAACUGUUUUCAUGUUUGUUUUUUUCUUUUUCUUUUUUCAUGGACGAUGAAGAAGAGUUGAUUUAGAAGAAGUUUCCUUCUUGGCCGAGAUGUGGUCGAUAACUUUUUCUCAACCAAUGCACUUUUCUGGGGACACCAGCUAAAGACCAGGAGGGAGGGGGAACAAAAAAGCCAAGAACUACAAUACACUAAAAUACAUUUUCUUUAUUUUUUUAACAAGCACUUUACGAGAAGGCAAAACUUUAAUUGCUUGUGAUCCUAGUAGCAAGGUUAUGUUUUAUAUUUAAUCAUUAACUAUUAUUUCUAUGUACUUUUCCAGCCACAUAGGUUUUCAUUUUGAAUUAGUACAUUUUUAAACAAAAAAAUAAAUCUAUCUUAAAGGGACAAUGAAAACUAUGUCGGUAGAGAGAUGUCAGGAAAUUUGGACAAUGCUUCUAGUUUUAAUUAAACACACUCAAGAAAUUAAACUCAAAGCAACCUUGAGACUUUAUGUAUGACUAAAUGUGAAGGGUUUGAAUGUGUUGAGUUUUUCACACUAAGCCUAUAGAAUUUGUUCCCUCAUCGCCUGUUUUUUUUUUUUUUUCAUUCAUUACAAUGUGACUGUUGUUAUUAUCCUCUUUUCAUUAUUCUGUCUAUACAGGAAGGUGAUACAGUGAACAAAUUAUAUUUUCAUUAAACAAAUAUCCCGGGUAACAUCCUCCAUAUACGAGCGCAGACUAUAUGCUGUCACCCGAGGCAUUACUCAGAAAAAAAACUAUUCAGGACCUAUCCAACUAAUAAUCACUACUGUGAUUAUCUAAAGCAGUAUUAGUGUGUAACACCUGGUGCUUUAUCUUUAAAAAAACGUUUUACAGAAGAAACACCAGUCAUGAGGCAAUAUUAAACAAAGAUCUAUAACAUGUAACAAAAAUGUUCCAGUUUUAUUUUGCUCUGCUGCUGCAUCGUUUUAUUUUAUUGAAGCUGAGCUGUGUGGAUGUUACAGUGGCUUUGCUUCACAUUAAGGAGACACAAAACAAAAUGUCAAAACAGUACUGUUGAUUUAUCUUUUAUCUAGCAUUACAUAUCCUGCCAGAAAACCAUUGAUAAUUCAAUUUAGGAAGAGACCAGGAUGAAGUAGACUUUUGCCUCCUUCACUGUUAUGCUCCUAACUAAAAAUGUGCUGCAUACACAGUUGCAGUUAUUUUUGCUUUUAGCCCAAUAGAGUGUUUGUAUUUAUUUUUGUAUUUAUUAUACUUUCUUGGUACAGCUGCAUUAGGUGAAUGAGUUAGCAGAAUCAUCAGAAUCAGCACAUCUUUUGGUCAAGAUACACACUACUUUGUAAAACACAUGCACACAGGGAGGGGCCAUGCCACCUGGGCUGCCAGAGAGUCAGUGGUCAGCAAGUUGUAAUGAAGCAGCAUUUUCAUUCAUGCACACACAUACAUGCAUAAAGGGCAGUUCUGCUUUUUGCCUGCAGUAUUCUGGUGCUUUCGCCCCUCUCCCUCUUUCUGUACGGUACAGAGGGCUGUUUGUUUUGUGCCACACAUACAGUAACUCUGAGCCUUGCCAGCUUUUGUGGUUAUGUUUUUUUGUCCUCACCCUUUGUUAGCUGCAUCUGGUAAAUGGGUUGUGGGUAAUUGUGCUGAUCUAAAUGGGUGGCUUAACAAAGAAAAAGCUGUGCGUCAGAGUGAUGGACCUAAGAUAAAUUGGAGAUUUAGUGAUCUGUAUUGCCAAUUACCAAUCAUACAUUCUUAUUAUAGGCACAAUGUAAACAAAAGAGUAGUCCCACUAAAAAAAACAAAAAAAAACUAACAUUUAGAUUUAAUUUUACAAUGUGUUCUGGUGCUGUAAAAUGUGUGUUUACAUGUUUAAUGUUUACAUAUAUUACUGAUGGAAAAAAAAUAACUAAACAGGCUUAUAUUUUCAAUUCGGAUUGGUUUAGAAACAACAAUUUUCAUCUUACUUAAAUAUCUUUGUGUAUAUACUUAAAUUUUGACUUUAAUAACACAAAAUUCCCAAUUAGACUUUAUUCUCUAACACCAAACACUGUCAAGGACAGAGUUGCACAGGGUCCCAACACAUGGAUGGUUUUACAAAGUGACCAUGCGUUUCACCUUCUAUGGCAGAUGCGCUUUGUUACUCUGUGGUUUGAAUGUUUCAUCUCUGCUGAAUGUCUGCCCACACCCCACAGUGAUGACCUUUUUGGUUGGGUCAGAGCGUGCAGCAAGGUGAGAAUGUCAGCAGAGCUCAAUCAGGAUUUCUCUAUCCUGUAUGUAGCGUAUUAGUCGGUUGUUCCGUGCCCUUAUCCAGGUCCAAUCCUCUUGACAUUAAUGCAGCACCAUGCCACCACUGAUGAUAAGCUAUUUUAGAGGAACUUCAAAGAAACCUAUGAUCCACAUUAGCCUUAUUUGAACAAAAAACUGCCACAAUUUCAAAAUAAAAGACCAGGGCUCUUUUUAAUUGACCUUAUCCCAAACCUUUUCACUCUACAGUAAAUUAACAAUUAACUUUGUGAUCAGAAAAUCAUUUUUAUUGCCUGUUAAUGAAGAGGUUGUGCUUUAUGUUGAAGAAAAUCAGUAACAUAACCUUCAGUAUGGUGUGUGAUGUACAUUACGUCGUACCUUUUUGCUUCCAAGUCUUUGGUUGAACUUAAAUCUCACUGCAAAUUUUACAAUAUGAGAACCAACAUUCUCCUUCAUACCAUUAUUCCCAAAAUGUCUCUAUAUAAACUAUACAUGGGCAAGUAUGUCUGCCACUGUCCCUAAAAGGCAACCUGUUUUGUAGCUCAGUGCUAAUAACGCAAGUCUUAAAGCUUUGUCUUGGAAUGUAGGUUCACAAGAGAGACAAGAAUAGGAGGAGAUGUAAUUUGAAAGCAUGCCUCUUUGCAUAGUCCAGUUGCCACUGAUAUCACCAUUGUUAAAUGUAUGUAGAACAUAGUAUCUGUAGUAGUGUAUUUAUACAUAGGGUGCACAACAAAAGGCUCCUUCAUAUAAACUAAAUGGCAGCUGAACACUUCCUGCCAUUUGGCCAUCUUAAGUGUUUGAUUGUAAACACUUUUAGCCUUUCCACCUGAACUUCCCCGUUUCCUCCCUGUGUGCCAUCCUAAUCCCACUGAAAACAAAGUGCCAACCCAAAAUGAACUGUUAUAAAUCAAAGUCCCAGCCAAUAAGAAAGUAUGUUGUAAAUGUAAACUGUAUAGGGGAAGAGUCUCUGUCAUAUUAUGGCCAAAAAAGAAUGGAAACUGAGCCAGUCAUAGUAAUAAAUGGCUUCCCGCCACUGAAAUCACUAUUGAUGUCCGUGCUGCUUCUGAGAGAAUUCUAAUUAUCAAUAGACAAGACACAAUCAGAUGAAAUAUGACAGUCAGGAACACCGCUUCACAUUAAAAGAAUACUGAUACUCAGAGUAGAAUGUGUCUCAAUGAUGGCAUCCGAGAAACAUUUAUACGAUUGUCCCUUUUAGGGCACAAUGUUUGUUGGCAGACAGUGUUCUGAAGAAUAUGACAAUACUGUGUUAUUAAAAAAAA